AUGAAUACUCCCGCGUCUCCAAACAACAGCGGCUCACAAUCACACCCGCCCGGACGUGGCCGUCCCAGAACUGAAAAUUUUCGCUCAAGGGCUGCGAAUAGGAGACGGUUUGUCCAGUGGCACUCGCUGCACACGCCGGAUGCCCCAAUCCCGAUCCUAUUGCCUAUGCUACCACAGCGACUCCCCAGCUCAACUCAAAUGGCGACUCCCGAGUCGCCGGCCCUCCCAAUGCAACGCGCUACGCGCUCACCCAGCCCUCACAAAGACGUGUCGGCUACGAAGGACUCAAGGCUCGACCAACCUCCACAACGGGAGAUCGAUGAUUACAACUUCACCAUUUCUCCGGCCUAUCAACCGCAACCAGACUUUUCCACGAGCAAAUCUGUCCCAGAUGUAGGAGCACAGUCCCCACGGGCGCCACGAGUCCUCCUGCCACCUACCUCAUGCUACGAAACCAAUGCCAAGCCUGCCGAGCCGGAGAGGGAAGUGCCGACUGCGCGUUUCCAAUCUCCUCAGCUCACAUGGUUCGAUAUACCACGGUAUAACAAUCGACCCCGACGUCACGUAGCUCCCAAGAAGAAGCGGGCUCCGCCAGAUCUUCUCGGAGACUUUCAGAGGGAGGUACCGCCCUGGCAUCGUCUCCCGGAGUGCCUGGAGCCAGAGGUGCCCAAUGCAGUGUCGGAGAAAGUUCAGACAGAAGCACAAGAGGACGGUGAUGAUAGCUCAGACUCGGACCUGAUUUACUUCAGCGACUAG